AUGGAUCGAGCCUUCUUGGGGCAGAGCUCGGAUGCAGAGGAUGGAUCUCGACUCUCGCCCAUGGAGGCCCUGAAGAUCUUGAAGGAACAUGGCCUGCUCACAGAGGCCGAGUUUGCUGCCAAAGAAGCUGUGCUGGCCGCUUCCGGCACGGUGGUCCACCUCCCCCAAUCUCCACAACCAGCGAGUUUCGGGACGAAAGCUUCCGAUACUCCAAGCAAACCAAGCCAAGACCAGCUCAACGCCUUCCCGGAAGCCGGCAGCACUGCGGACGAGGUCGAGGCAAUUCCUGACCGGAGCCCCACCCCAAGCCACCCCGUCGGGGCAGCGCCCACUGCUGCUCCUGCGUCUUUCGCACCUGCGACGCCAACUCCUCAACUCUCAGCUGCCGUGCGACAACUGCCGCGGCUGCCCAGCCAUAGGAGCGCAGGUCCAGGCAACAGCCUGGUGUAUCGAGCGCCUGAGUUUCACAGCCUGCCGGCCCUCAGCGACGAGGCCCUGCAAGCGAGCCAGGCCUUGGCCAGUCAGGACUAUCCGCAGCUUUAUGCCAUGCUUCUCCGGCUCGCGAGAAACCAGACGAUCAGGCUGCAGGUCUAUGGGGGGAGCAUGACCUACGGCGAAGGAUGUUGCACUUCCUGCGACACCAGAAACAACCAUUGUUCCUGGUCGGCACAAUUCGCGGACUACCUCCGCACUGCCUUCCAGGCAAGGGUCGAGUUGGACAACCGGGGACGCGGGGGCUGCGAUAUGGCAUGCGCGCUGCCUGACAUGGUGCUGAGCGAAACUGCAGCAACAGAGCCGCUUGACAUGAUGCUGCUGGACUUCAGCCAGAAUGGUUGGGGCAUCUCCAAGACAGGCAAAGAACUGGAGGAGUUUGUCCGUGCUUGUCAUCUCUUUCUUCCGAAGACCCUUUUCGUAGUCUUCUGGAAUCGGGACAUGAUCGACGGCGAGAAAGCUGCAAAAAUCGAUGCGAGACUGUUUGAAGGAAUUCGCAUCCUGGGCCAGCAUUACGGCGUCCCCGUCUUGAACUACGAGGCGAUUCUGGAGCUGUAUGCCAAAGAGGCCCGAGUUGUGGAGGAGCUGUGGCCGGGCUGGAAAACCCGUCAUCCGACGUGGCAGGCCCAUGCAUACUUCGCCGACGUUCUUGCGUACUGGUGUAACAAACAGUUGGAGAAGCUGGAAAGACUUCCCGAAGAGGAGACAGCGCGACUCCUUGGCGAAGACUUUCUUCCCCAGCAUCGGACGCCUUCACCCGAUCUGAAGGACGACCUUGAGUGGAUCAAGCCCGUGCUAAAAGCGGACCUGGCGACAGCACCUGUUUGCAUCUUUCCGCUGUCGCAGCACAUUGCGAGAUCUCCGGGUGCCAGUACGCCCAGGCAGAGCCCCAAGGGCGAAUGGAGCCUUUUCGAGGACCGGCGGAACAAGCCAGGCUGGAUUUCCAACACGACAGACGGCGAGGAACUCGUCUUCGAUCUCAAAUUCAGCAGCAAGCCCAUGAUAAUGAUCCAGUACCUCCGCUCGUACACGAACGUCGGCGAGGCGGAGGUGACCGUGCAAAGCCCAUGGAUCUGGAGGUCCACGAUGUUCAAGAAUCUCCGAGGCCAGCUUGCGGCCCGGGCUGCGAGGAGCUUUCACCUUUUGUGCCGAAGCAUGGUGAGCCGAUGCCUACCUGGUCCCUGCCCCCCCAGCCCUAAGCCCUAA